AUGAGUGCAAAUUCCGGUGCGGCUCCCGAUGCCUGGGAGGAUUCGUGGGAAACCCAAGCAGAUCAUCUCGAUUCUCAGCCUACCCCGCCGUCCGACAAGAAAGUCUCCUCCAAAGUGACCAAAGCACAACGCAGGGCACAGCAAGCAGAAUUCAACCGACAACUAUGGGCUGAAGCCGACUCCCCAGAGACCUUCCACUUCGCCGAAGCGCGCGCCGAUGUGCCCCUCAAGCAGGACAUCAAGCCAGCAGUCAAGCUGUUGAGCCGAAAACCCCAACUAGUGACCAGACACUCCUCCUCGUCGGGUACAAUCGAUGCUGCAAGCGCUGGAUUUGGCCAGCUUGGAAUAGACGAUGACGAUUCAGAGGAGGAAAAGGCGCCCGAGCCAACACCCGAAGAGCGCCAUGCAAUUGCACUCAAGAACAGAGAGGAAAAGCAGCGGAAGUACGAAGAGGUGCGCGAACGCUUAUUUGGCAGCCCGUCUGCUACGGCUUCCGGGACCUCGUCGCCAGGAAGUACGACCCCGCCUCGACAGAAUUCUGGUGAGGGUCGAGGUAGAGGAAAGGGACGAGGUGGAGGCAGAGAUCAUCGGGAAAAGAGAGAACCUUCGGCCGCUCCGAGCAAGUCUAAGCAUCUUUACGACCCGUCUACUUCAGCAAAGCCAAAUGCACCCUUUGGGCGGGGUGGCCGUGCCCAGCUUGAACGUGUUGGCUCCGACCCUCAAGCUCCACAGCAACCACUACGCAACCCGCGGGGCCCUGAUGCUAGUGGGAGAGGGGGCUUCAAUUUCAACCGGGGUGCUCGAACAGGCUAA